AUGAAUCAAUUAGUUGAACAGAGUUUAUCAAAUUUAGUUCAAGAAUUAACUACAUCUGGUUCAAAAAUAUUAAAUGAAGAAAAAAUAAAACAACUUAAACAGAUUUGCAAACAAACUGAUGUCAAUGUUGAAUAUUGUUAUCGUUUGUUAAUUGCUCAACUUGAUAAAUAUCAUUCAGAAAUUCGUUAUUCAACAGUUCAAAUAAUUGAUCAACUUUUUAAUCGUUCUCAUCAUUUUCGAACACUUUUACUUGAUGAUUUUAAUUAUCUGAUUGAUAAAUGUCUUGGAUUAAAUGUUGAUAAUCAAUUACCUCCACCAAAUCAAACAGCUAAAUUAUUAAAACAAUUUACAGCAAUGUGUAUUAAAAAAUGGCAUGAAAAAUUUGGUACAACUUAUAAACUACUUGAUAUUGGUUAUAAUUAUUUAAAAAAUUGUAAAUUUCUAAAUUUUGAUAACGUUGAUGAACCAGUUGGUAUUACAGCUCAAUUACAACGUGAACAAAAUCAAGCUAAUCAAAUUCGUCUAACACAAAAACUUCAAAAUGUUACACAAGAAUUAAAUGAAACAUCAAAUGAAAUUUAUUCUUGUAUCGAACAAGCAGAAAAUUGUCUUAAUUUACUUGUAUCUAAUAAUGAGAAAAUAUCGAUUCCGACAAGAUCUGUAGAACCAAUCGAAGAAAUUGAUAAUGAUGAUGAUGAUGAUGAUGAUGAUGAUGACGAUGACGAUAAUGACGAUGAUUUUAUAGAUGUUCCACUUGUAUCAACAAAGAAUAAUGAUCAAGAACUUCUUCAAGUACUUGGUCUAGGGACAGCAGGAAAAUUAAAUAUUACAAUUAAUGUUAAUGAUAGACCAAAAUCAUCUUUAUUUAAUGUAGAAAUAACAGAUGAUAAUCGUACAGUAGUUGAAAAUCUUCAUGAUCUUUAUCGACAAUUAGAUGAUGUUUAUUUAAAUAAAAUUCAAACAUGGAUGAAUAUUUUUAUUAAAGUUCAACAAAAUUCUAAUGAACAACAAACAACAGCUGUUAUGAAAAAAGCAAUUGAUUUAAAAAAUUCAAUUCAAUCCUGUUUAAAAAUGAUUGAAAAUUAUCAUUUAGCACCAAAACGAACUGUAGUUACACAAAAGCCAGCUCCAACGCCUAAAGCUGAAGCUGUGCCUAAAAGUCCACGUAUCGAAUCGCCAACAAUACCAACGUUAACUGAAGAUGAAAUAAAAUAUUUCUUCCAUGAUGAUUCCGAAUGUAUAAAACGUAGUUUUAUUCAACAUGAUGUUCAAAAUGUUUUUGUACGUCCUAUAGAAAAUAACGAUCUACCUGAAAAUUUAAAUUAUUCUGUAUUAAUGCGUAAACGUACAUUUGUUAAUGAAUUACCUGCUAUUAAAUGGAAAUGUCGAGCGCCAUUAGGUAAUGGUAAAUUAUGUGAACGUAUGGAUCGACGUAAAUGUCCAUUUCAUGGUCGAAUUAUUGCUCGUAAUGAACAAGGUCAAGCUACUGAUGAAACAAUUCGAAUUCAAGAAGAACAACUUGUAAAAAAACGUACUAUUCCUGAAUGGCAAGAUCCUGAAAUGUUAGAUGAUAUUCGUUUAGCAACUGGUAUUGAUUUACGAAUGAAUAAAGAUAAUAAAAAGAAGAAAAAAAAGAAAAAAGAAUCUGGUUUAACUGAACUUGGUAUUGAAGAAGAUACAGUACGAAAACGAUUAGAAAAAAAAUUAUUUAAUCGAUCAUCACUCAAACGUAUUGGUGCAGCAUUAGAUCGUGAUGAGCGACGUCGAAAUGAAGAAAAAUUUCAUCAUCAAUUUAACUAUGCCUGUAAUAAUUAA